GGAAUCUUCUUGAUGUUCUGUUGAAAGUCCUCAGCGCAAUACGUGCAGGGGUAGAAUUCUGCCAGUGUGUGGAAGAAAUUCACCAUCCCAUCCUUUUGUUUCGUCGUGGGUCGAUCUGGGUACCAGGCGGCCAUGCUGUGAAGGAACGACCAUGUAUUCCGUCCUAGUUCAGUACUCUUUGGUGGACACUCUACUUGUUUCUUUCUUUGCUUCUCGUACUUUUUCUUCAUCUCUUCUAGUUCUGCCAUCGAUGUAGGAAGAACCGCCUUCAUUUCGUCACAUGCCGGUCGUUCGCAAUUGUCUUCCUGGAAAAGCCCUUGUUUGGGCGCCAUUUCGGUGCUGUCUAAUCUGAAGAGAUCACCGCCAAAUAUGGUACUUAGGUUCUUCGGUGUGCAAAUGCACUAUUUUAUAACAUCAGUACGUGCUAUCUCAUCUACUAUGCUCAUUGCAGAGUGACGUGCGGUAGUCCUGAUCAUCAGUCUGACAUGACCCCUGUUUCGGAUUGCGAUCGUAACCAAAAACAUCAAGCGAUGAUUAUUUUGACCAAAAUUCCACACGAACUUUCCACACGAACUUUCCACACGUUGCCAUUCGCUCGCAAGGAUGUGGGACGACCGAGUCGUGAGGGAAGAUAAGCUCCAACCCUAAUACAACUCCUCCGUUUCAUAGUAAUUGACUGAGUCACUUUUUCGUCAGUCACAGUUGGCUGUGCUGAUGAAAGAGAUAUUUCGUGUUAGUUCACGCCCCGAUACUCCCUGUCGUGUGUGAACUCUUCCUCCUCAUCGAUACUUUAUUUUCAUGGCAGAACUGUUUGGAGAACAUUUACUGUGAAAACCACGAAUAUGUCGACUAGGAAUGCUUUCUUAAUUGCUUUGCUAUUGGCAAAGAGCGGGUCAGGUCUAUCGCCCGGAAGGGUUGGUCCUUCUGCAAGGGCUACUACUGCCUCCGUCGAAUCGGUCGCACGAAACGAGGCAGUGUCGAUAGAUGCUACUCCAGAUCGUCGUGGUUUCUUGGCUUCUGCUCUCGGCGUGGUUGGUGCCCCAACAAUGAUCGCGUUGACGUCUAUACCAUCGCCGGCCGACGCUCGUGACGAGCUUUUUCGGCCCAACCCGCUGACCAACCCACUCCUAGAACAGGUUCGGAUCAUGGAACAAGCCGAGAAGGACAACAUAAAAUACGGGGGUGAACUAGAGCGGGGCGAUGCCGGAAACAAGGGCAAAGUGGACGCAUACCCGUCGCUUCUGGUCCCGAUUUUGAAGAUCGACAAAGAAUUGAACGAGAUCAGAACGCUGGUUCGUUCCGGUGGCGAGAACAAGCCAUCAAACGAGGCCAUGUCACAGGCGCUCGCAAUACUGCAACAGCCGACUUACGAAAAGGUCAAUUUCAAAAAGACAUUCAACAAAUACGGGGACAAUAUUUAUUACAGCGACCCCGACCGCGCCAACUUGUAUCUCGGGGGAGGGGCUACUCCCAAGACAGAGCAAUCGAUUGCGUAUUUGUUGAGAAACGAUGUCCUAACAAACAUGGAGAAUCUUAGGGCAGAACUCGAAUACUUGAUCAAAAGUGAAGAAAAUGAAAUCGAAGAUUUAUACUCAUAUGCUGAUAUCUGUACAAGUGCAAUGAAGAAAUACCUUGCGCAGGUUCCACCGCAGCAGUUGAAGGAGGCAGAAAGAUUACUAUCUUCUGAACAGUCGUCGUAAACGAAGAUGGAUUAUAAAUUUAACCAGAGAUU